CAUACUCUCAAGUCAAUUCAUUAGCUCACCAUAAAUUCUGUUUUUUAUUACGCGUUGUGCAUUCGUAUAUUCGGUGCGUUUCAAAUUUCUUAUAGUGUGAAGCUAUAAGCACACAGUCUGCCUGUCUCGUUAAAGAUUCAUUAAGACAUACAAAUUAAAUCUCAUUAUCGCCAAUUAAUUAAGAUAACUAAACUGAGGGCUUUUUUUAUAUAAAACAAAUUUAUAUGACUUUACAUACAUAGCUAGUUCCUUUCGUGUGCGUGUGUGUGUUUUUGUGACUGAUUGUGUGACUGCAUAUCCAAUUAUUAUGUGAUAUUUAAAUUAAAUUUUUAUUCGUAAUUAAAUAAGAAUUAAAAAGAAAAAAAUGAUGCCUUCGGCAACGUCUCUAAAUCAUCAGACUUUAAAGCCUAAAAUUGGAUUUUCAAUUGAAUCAAUUGUUGGAGAUCGAGUGAAAGGCGAUGGUGAUUAUUGUGAUGAUUCUGAUGAUGGACAAGAGAAGAUGGAGAAAUUUUCUAAAUCCGAUGAUACUUUAAGUCAUGAAUAUUCACAGUUAUUGAAACGUGCGAGAUGUGGAUCACCUGAAAAUUUAGAUAAAUCAAUCCGAAGACUUUCAAGUUCCAACAAUAAUAACAAUAAUAAUUGUAACGUUAAUAAUAACAUAAGUGAUAAUAAAAAUGAAAAUCAGCAAGGUCCACAAUCUCAAUCUUCAUUGCCAGCAACUCAAAUACCUUCAACUGUGAUGUCUUCAGGACAAAAAGGACAGCCGCUUAUUGUUCCAGAAAUUCCUGCUGGUUUAAUUCGUCCAAUUGUCUCACACAAUACACAAUUACCUGCUCAUUAUCCUGAUGUCACCACAGGACAUCCACAUCUUUUAGCACAAUUUCAUGCAGCCGCCGCACUAGUACAGAGUGGAUAUAAUGGACCUAUGCCACAACAUUUGCCACCUCAUUUACACAAUCCAAAUAUACAGCGUGAAAGUUAUCCAUUAUAUCCAUGGCUUCUCAAUCGACAUGGACGAAUAUUUCCUCAUCGAUUUCCUGGAACAUUUCCAGAUUUUCUUCUUCAACCAUUUCGGAAGCCAAAGAGAGUGCGCACUGCUUUUUCGCCAUCGCAGUUAUUAAAAUUGGAGCAUGCCUUUGAGGGAAAUCAUUAUGUAGUUGGUGCCGAACGGAAAACAUUAGCACAGCAAUUAAGCUUAACUGAAACUCAGGUGAAAGUCUGGUUCCAAAAUCGUCGUACAAAAUUCAAACGAAUGCAGCAAGAAGAUUGCGACUCAAAAUCGGGUAAUAAAUCUAACGGAAGUCCUAAGAACUUUGAUGACGACGAGAAUGAUGAUGAUGAAAUGAUUGAUAUCGGCGACGAAUGUCCAUCGGAUGAUGAAAUGUUGGACAAUUGCGCAUGAAAAUUAUUCCAUCGAGAGAUUCAACUCUUAAUUGCUUUUGAUUGAAGCGUCAUUUUCACAUUUUUCUUCUCUCUCUCACUCUCGGCUCUGUCUCAUCCUCAAUCUCUCAAUUCAGUGCAAAUCACAAACAAAAAAUUGCACUUCUAAAGAGCUGACUGUGGAUGGGUACGGUGAAGUUUUAGAAAUAUUUCAUGGACGUCUUUUGAUCGCAACAUUAAAAGUUUUUAAAAGGAAAAAAGUACACCAAGAAGUUUAAAGUAACCGACCCUUGGCACAAGAUAAUGCAUCCAGUAGCGUGGAAAUGAGAAAAGAAGUGAAUAAUGCAAUGCUUGGUGGAAAUUGAUUUGCUGUUUAAGUGACAUUUGUUGCCUUAGCACAAAACAACAAACAGUACAUUCAAUUAUUGUUAUGCAGACAUAUUUUUCACUGAUUGAGCAUCAACCGUCAGUGCAUAAAAUUGUGUUUCAUUUAAAGUGAUUUUUUUUUUCGUAUUUUUGGUGAGCAGCGCACAAAAAUGCUCAUGCACAAAAGUAAGCGUCUAUAUACACACAAAACGGUUUUACGGUAUAUGAGAGAGAGACAAUGAUGAAUUGUGGAUGAAAUGAAAAAAGAAAUACGAGGCACAACGAGAAGAAAUAAGGCAGCUUGUAAGGUGAUGCGUGAUUACUUCUUACUUUUUUCUGCAUAUGUGUAUAUAUUAAAUAUCUACAUAAUAUCAACUUAAAUUGUGUACAUAUAAUUAUGGUCUCGCUGUCAAUUCACAUAUCUUCCAAUGACUUUUUAAGAGAAAGAGAAAUUUUCUUUGAGCUUCCUUCAAUUUGAGAAAAGGAAAGAGAUAAAAAAAAAUUAAACUGCAAUUUGUAUUGAAUGUAAUUGAAGAAAAUUUACUGCUUUUAUGAUACUUUAUGUGUGUUUUUCAUGCCUUAAUUUCACUUCACUUUAUAAUUCUCAUCACUCAUUACUCAAUUAUGGAUAAUGUCUUUGGGUUGUUGACUGUACUUUGGGAUUAUUUUGAAGUCAAUGAUUUUUUUAAAACAGAAUGAAUUGAAAAUGAGUAUAUUGGUUAUGAAGGUUGUAGAAGAAGGUAUGAAGGUGUCUAAAAGUAUCGUUUUUAAUAGAAUGCAUACAUGAUCA